AUGCAAGAAGCAAACUUGACCACAUGGAGCUACUUUUUCCUGGACGGAUUAUCCCGGUAUCCAAGACUGGAAAUUGUUCUCUUCGUCUUCAGCUUUGUAAUGUAUCUAACAACUCUUUUGGGUAAUAGCACACUUAUUUUAGUCACGAUCAUAGAUUCAUGCCUUAAAAUGCCCAUGUACUUGUUCCUGGGCAAUCUUUCUUUCAUGGGUAUUUGUUACACAUCUGCCUCUGUUCCUACUUUGCUGGUGGACUUGCUGUCAUCCCAGAAAACUGUUAUCUUCCCUGUGUGUGCUAUCCAGAUGUAUCUAUCCCUUGCCAUGGGCUCAACCGAGUGCGUGCUGCUGGCUGUGAUGGCAUUUGGCUGCUAUGUGGCCAUUUGCAACCCACUGAGGUACCCGAUCAUCAUGAGUAGGCAGGUCUGUGUGCAGAUGGCCACAGUCUCUUGGGUGACAGGCUGUCUGACCGCACUGCUGGAAACCAGUUUUGCCCUGUAGAUCCCACUCUGUGGGAAUCUCAUUGACCACUUCACAUGUGAAAUUUUGGCAGUGCUAAAUUUAGCCUGCAUGAGUUCAUGGCUCAUGGACACGAUAAUGCUGAUAGUCAGCAUUCUCCUCCUGCCCAUCGCAGUGCUCUUAAUUUGCAUCUCUUAUGCCUUCAUCCUUUCCACUGUUUUGAAAAUAAGCUCAGCAGAGGGCAGAAGCGAAGCUUUUUCUACCUGUGCGGCCCACUUGACUGUAGUGAUCUUGUAUUAUGGGGCUGCCUUGUCUAUGUACUUAAAACCUUCUUCAUUCAACUCACAAGGACUCAAUAAAAUCAUUGCCUUGCUUUAUGUAUUGCUCACCCCUAUGUUGAACCCCAUAAUUUACAGUUUAAGAAACAAGGAAGUCAAAGAUGCAAUGAAAAAGCUGCUGAGCAAAAUACCUUUGCAUCCAACACAACAACAUCAAUGACUAGGUGUCU